AUGGUGAUAACCUCUCACUAAGUCUCGUUUCUGUUCUGUUCCGUUCACCCCAACCCAUCAUCUUCCAGGGUUCCCUGCCCACUGAGCUUGUUCUAAUGAAAUCUGACGACAAAUUAGGAUGUAAACAACUCUGCAAAGACGCAGGCGUGGUUCUGCUGUUACGGUCUGCGAAAGGUGCGACCGAUCAACAAACAGAAGAGAAAAACGACGUCACGGAGGUGGAGGAGGCAGGGGGAGCACAACUUUGCGAAGGGACAGAAAGUGGCUAUUGGGAGCAGGAUGAGGAAGCGAUGGGGAGGGUGUUUGAGCAUGGAGCUGCCCCCUCGCCUCAGGCGGUGUAAGAGGAUCUGCGCUGACCAAAUAACCCUAAACCGUGGAAGGAGAGAAAAAAAGGAAAGGGAGGGGAAAUGUUGAGAGUAUAGAGUCAGAAGGUGGAACUUACUGGAAGUUUAUUGGCUUCAGGUGGUGUCAGUCACGUUACUUCCUUCUUUGCUGUGGUGAGAGGGCAGGAGGAAGGGUAGGAGGGAGGUACCCUCACAUCAGCCAGCUCUGUCUCUCUGCUUUUUCGCACAAAAAGAAGCCUGCACUUGGGUUUGAAAGUGAAACAGGGCAAGACUUGUAAAAGGAGUGCAGCGUCUUGGCCUUUUUCAUUCUCACAGUUUCCUGUUCAAGGAAGCCAUUUUGUUACCCAGCCCUGGAGCAGAUCACUUAUACAAAGUUUGCCAUUGUUUUUUCUCUCUCCCCUGCUCUCGCCCACGGCCGGGGGAGUCUCACGGCUGGCUUUGGACUUUCUACUCUGCAGAGCAACAUCUUUGGAGCAAGCCGAGCUGAAGGAGGAAGGUGGAGGUGGAACAACGGCAAUGGUGGGAGGGAAGAGGGGGGGCAGAUCUCUCUCCCUUUCGGUGGGUCUUUUUCUCAAGCUUGUCAUGCUUGAAGAAUGACAGAAGUCAGACGACGUGAAACAAGCGCCUGAAAGGACUUGAAACUGCUUCCUGGAUAAGAAUUUCUUCCUCGCUCCUCUGGAGGGAGGCAGACUAGCGACUCAGGGGGGGACAGGGACUCUGCCCAGUGUGUGGAUACCCAUAUUUCCUCUCUCCCAACAGGACAGUUUGAAUGAGUGUGACUUUUCGCAGAAAAACUUCUUCUUCACCAGGGUGUGUGCUCGUCUCUGUGUAUGCUUAGAGCUUCAGGCAGUCGGCAGGGGAGAGCCAGUGGACUCUGAAUGGCUAACGCGAGCUCCUGCAUGCCCUCAGGGGCAAUGUCCCAGGUCUUCUUCCCCCCAGCAGGGGCCUCCCCACCUGGCUCAGCAGUGAUGCAGACGGGACCUCCCAUAUCCAUGCCCUCCAUGCCUCCUCAGGCUCCGUUUCCAAUGGUGGACCCGACAGCAGGACACGUUGGGAUGACGAUUCCCUCAAUGAUUUGCAAUCCAGAUGGGGUGUCCUUCAUCAUCCAAAUUGGUCUGACCAGGGAAUCUGUCCUGCUGCCCCAGACUGCUGACCUGGCGUAUGUGAAGCAAGUGGCCUGCUCCAUUGUUGACACCAAGUUUCCAGAGUGUGGAUUUUAUGGCAUCUAUGACAAGAUUUUGCUGUUCAAGCAUGACACAACCUCCAACAACGUCCUCCAGCGGGUCAAAUCCACAAGUGACAUUCAGGAGGGAGAUCUGGUGGAAGUGGUGCUUUCAGCGGCAGCCACAUUUGAAGAUUUCCAGAUUCGGCCCCAUGCGCUCAACGUGCACUCGUACCGAGCCCCGGCCUUCUGCGACCACUGUGGAGAGAUGCUGUUUGGACUGGUCAGACAAGGCCUGAAGUGUGAUGGAUGUGGGCUGAACUACCACAAGCGCUGUGCUUUCAGCAUCCCGAAUAACUGCAGUGGAGCGCGCAAGCGACGGCUGUCCACCACUUCUCUGAGUAGCAGUCAGUCCCUGCGUCUCUCCACCAGCGAGUCGGUCUACAGCGUGGGGACAGCCUCCACCUGCUCUGAAGAAACCAGUUUAAUUCGCUCUCACACACAAAUGCCGCGGACUCCUAGUGAGGCGCGGCGCUUCUACACAGGCCGGCCUGUUCAUCUGGAUAAGAUCCUGAUGACGAAGGUGAAGGUGCCCCACACAUUUGCUAUUCACUCAUACACACGGCCGACGGUGUGCCAGUACUGCAAGAGACUUCUCCGCGGAUUGUUCAGGCAGGGUCUACAGUGCAAAGACUGUAAAUUCAAUUGCCAUAAGCGCUGUGCAUAUAAGGUUCCUAAUGAUUGCCUCGGGGAAACCAUUGGAGACAACAGAAGUAACUGUGACAUGCUGAGUCCCAGCGCCGACACCGAAGUGCCCAUGGACUUCAGCAGUGAGUACGACAACUCGGACAAGUCUUCAAUGGAUGACUCGGAUGAGGCCUGCAGCAUCCCCGGGUCCUUUUCUCCAGACAACAACCAGGAUGGGACAGGUGGAGACCAAAGUGCUAAUAUCCCACUGAUGAGGGUUGUCCAGUCGGUGAGGCAAACGACUCGACGAUCCAGCACAGCUAUUAAGGAAGGAUGGAUGGUUCACUACAGCAACAAGGACACUCUGAGAAAGAGGCACUACUGGCGCCUGGACUGCAAGUGCAUCAUCUUGUUCCAGAACAACACCUCCAACAAAUACUACAAGGAGAUCCCACUUUCUGAGAUUCUGGAGGUGCGUCCUGCUACUGACUUCACUCUAGUCCCACAAGGCACCAAUCCUCACUGCUUUGAGCUCGUCACAGGCACUAUGUGCUACUUUGUUGGGGAGGACCCCAAUACCCUUCCCUCACUGUCCACCAGCAACCCCCACACCCUUCCCCAGACACCCCCCUCCCCCAGUAUGGUGCAGCCCAACAGUGGCAUUGGGCGGGAGGUGGCAAACUCCUGGGAGUGCGCCAUUCGCCAGGCGCUCAUGCCAGUCAUCUUUCAGGAUGCCCCGCCGGCUGAGGGACACACGCCACACAGACAAGCCUCCAUCAGCAUUUCUGUCUCCAACAGCCAAAUCCAAGAGAAUGUGGAUAUUGGCACAGUGUACCAGAUUUUUGCUGAUGAAGUGCUCGGAUCUGGUCAGUUUGGUGUUGUGUAUGGAGGAAAGCACAGAAAGACGGGAAGAGACGUUGCUGUCAAAGUCAUCGACAAGCUCCGAUUUCCCACCAAGCAAGAGAGCCAGCUGAGGAACGAGGUGGCCAUCCUGCAAAGCUUGCGACAUCUGGGAAUAGUGAACCUGGAGUGCAUGUUUGAAACCCCAGAGAAAGUGUUUGUGGUGAUGGAGAAGCUGCAUGGUGACAUGCUGGAGAUGAUCCUUUCCAGCGAGAAGGGAAGACUGCCGGAGAGGCUAACUAAAUUCCUCAUCACACAGAUUCUCGCAGCGCUCAGACAUCUCCACUUCAAGAAUAUCGUUCACUGUGAUCUGAAACCUGAGAAUGUGCUGCUUGCCUCAGCCGAUCCGUUCCCGCAGGUGAAGCUGUGCGACUUUGGUUUUGCACGCAUCAUCGGUGAGAAGUCUUUCCGUCGCUCUGUCGUCGGCACACCUGCCUACUUGGCCCCAGAGGUUCUGCUGAACCAGGGCUACAACCGCUCGCUGGACAUGUGGUCGGUCGGCGUCAUCAUGUACGUCAGCCUUAGCGGCACGUUUCCCUUCAACGAGGACGAAGAUAUCAACGACCAGAUUCAAAACGCGGCCUUCAUGUACCCAGUCAACCCCUGGAAAAAGAUCUCCAAGGAUGCUACCGACUUGAUUAACAACCUGCUGCAAGUCAAGAUGAGGAAACGCUACAGUGUCGACAAAAGUCUGAGCCAUUCCUAUUUACAGGACUACCAGACGUGGCUGGAUCUGCGGGAACUGGAGACCAAGCUUGGUGAGCGCUACAUCACCCACGAGAGUGACGACAGCCGCUGGCAAACGUACGCCAUGAAGCACAAACUGUCGUACCCGGCUAACUACGUCCCUCCCCCGCCUGCGUCAGCCUCUGAUGACGAUGACGGCGGGGAGGACUCAGACAUGAAAGGCCUCACUGAGAGAGUGAGCAUCCUCUGACCACAGAAAAACACUCCUGACUCUUUUUUUAAAUUUUUAUUUUAUUUUAUUUUUUAAAGAAGACGGCGCAGUCCACCUGGAGUGUGAGAAGACAUAAAAAUUGGCAGAGAACAUCCGUUUCUCUCGAGAACAUUGCUCUGCUGUUUGAACCUCGGAACCUGCUUUGUGUCAGUUUCACUGCACUAAAUCCAAUUUCUUUCUCUUCCAACCAGGAGUCCUUAGAACUGCUUAUCGCUCACCUCUGCUGUUAUUGGUUCUCUUUCAUCCUUUGAAUGUUUUGUGGGUUUUUUUUUUUUUUUACCUGGAAGACCACCCACUUUGAUUUCAAAUUAUUAUGUUUGAUUCACCCAGCAAGGUUUUAGAGACUCUGAAAAAACUCACAGUUGAACUGGUGAAAUCAGUCACUGAAACCAAAGGUUUUGAUCUUGUUCCCUCGCUGCAACGUGGAUCACAGCAAAGCAAGAAAUGGACCUUGGACCGCAAACUGAAGGGUUGUUUUCACCGCAUGCUUAAAUAUAGAUGAAGCUGCCUAUAGUCUGAUUAGAACUGCAGGAAUUCCUAAUGUGUGCCUUCAAAAGAGUGGCCUUAAUAUUCUCACCAUGUCUUUUUAAGCGAUGGGUUUUUACUAUAACAAAAGACUUUCUUUGCCGGUAAUUACCCACCUGAAUGCACAGAAGUUAAAGCCAUUUUCACUCUCAAAUGAAUUCCCAUAAAUCCAUGUCUUGCAGAUGAAAAAGCCUUAAAAAUUGCAAGUGUUGAUCUAUCAAGAAUGUACUAUUUGUAGUAAUUGCCACCAGUUGGGAGCGAUAAUGGACCCAUGGGAGUAAAAGACAUGGCAAAUUGUAAAUGACACUGUGAAUUUGAAGGAAGUCUAAGCUUUUUUUGACGGAUCUUUGUCCCCCUCCAUCAUUUCGUCGUUCGGCUAACAGAUUAUCAGUCUUGUGUCUAAGGAUUUGUCACUGAGUGGUGAAAUUGCUCCUAUUGUGUUGAGACUCUGGCUGUCAUCACUUCCUAAAAUCAGUCAAUUGAAAUCAAGAUUAUAGCACGUCUUCACAGCCGACUGUCAUGCUGUUGAGGACCAGCGGUUAAAUGAGAACAUCUUUUCACAGGAGCCGGACUUCAUCACAACCACAAACGUCGAUGUAUAUAAAACUUAAGAGGAAGGAAGGGGAGGCUAGUUUUAGAUUACUUUUCCUGUACUCUGCUGCCUCUGAAUGACACCUUCAGGAGUCGCCUGCCAGGUAAAUAAAGUCCCCUCCAUGUGUAAUCUCAUCUUGAAGGCUUCAGAGCUUUGUGAGAAAAUAUUUGCGAACAAACAGCACCAUUUUGGAGAACAUCUCACAUGACCGCUCGCUGGACAUAAAACCCCCCAGAAACUUAUAUGUGCAAAUGAUUCAAGACAAGGCUGGAGAAGCAACCAAGAGUCCCAUGGUACAAACAUCUACAGCUCCAGACUUUUGAGCAGUGGAUCUUUAGUAAUGUGGCCUCUACGGAUAACGUAGAUAGAUAUAUUCAAAGGAAACUAUUAAACAUCCAAUCUGACUAAAAAUGAGCAGCAUUGUGACGAAAAGGGCAAGAGUUUCACUCAGGAUGUGCAAAGCUAAGCGAGGCGUAUCCAGAGGAAUUUCCAGCUGCGUUGCUGGGAAAGACGCUUCCGCGAAAACGAUUUGCGCCCGUAAUCAAAUUUUGAAACAAGCUUUUAUACUUCCUCCAUUUCCUGAUUAUUUACUGCUUUUGGUUGGUGUGGUACAUAAAAUCUCAAUACAAUUCAUUGAAGAUAGUGGUUGUGAUGUGACAAACUGAAAAAAUUUAAAGGCGUUUAAAGGCGAGGGUUCUUUCGUAUUGUAGUAAAAUCGCUCGGGUGGACAGGAUGGGCUGGCCGGCUAGAACUAAUGUGCAUGUAGUUAAACUACAUUUCUUUUCAAUAUGUUGCAUGUUUAUUUUUAAUUUUUUUUUUUUUUUUGUGAAGUACAGUUAUCUCAAGAUUUCUUUUGGCCAUGCUGUAGUGAUUAUGGCCUAUUAUGAAAAACAUGUUACCCAGAACUUUACGUAGUUGUCAAAUGUGUGUAGAUUGUGUACAUGAUGCUCCUGGUCUUUAUACCAAAUAAUGCAGACUUAAACUUUAUUCUGUCUGUUCUAGAAAUGUUAAUAAAUCACUGACAUACCCGUC